AUGGAGGUUGGCCAAGUGUUCUACGUGGCGCCGGCGGACGCCGACGGGCCGCCGCUCCUCGGGGCGAGUGGCACGGGCCUGCGCCGAGGCCUCAUCGAGGGCGUCGACUUCCAGCUGCUCGAACAAGCCGAGUGGGACGCGCUGCCCGAGCCCAAGGUCGAGAUCCCCCGCUACGUGGUGCUCCGCGGCCGCAACGCGACCAAGACGAUUGAGCUCUACCCGCUCAUGGCGCAGCUUUUGUACUGGUCCAAUGGCAUGACCGCGCCGGCACCGGUGCGACAGCGCAGCGGGAAGCUCGUACACAUCUUAAUCGACUCGUCCAUGGAGGUCACGGAGCUCAAGUCCAUCGUGUAUUGCCACAUCACGCAGCUUUUUCCGACGCUGUUUCCUGAGCUCGCGGGCACGGACCAUGCAGCGAACGAAGCGGCGUGGAACGCGUCGAUCCGGCUCUGUGGCAAGUCGCGGCUCAAAGACAGCAACUGGAGCACCCUCGUCAACCCAUCGAGUAACCACACGCAAGCGACGUCAAGCCUCACGACCGGCGAGCUCAACUUGAUGCUGCCGGUGCCGGAGGACGACGAGGUUGAAGACUACUGCUACUUUCUCAUCGAGACAUCCUACGAUAACAAGGCCGCACCGUCGGACAAGCGCAACGGCCUCCACUUUAUGAGCAACGUCCAAGCCAACGGGUGGCGGGAUGUGCUUGCGCCCGGUGACUUUCUCGAUGCAAAAGACUCGAGCAACAAGUGGUACGAAGCGCGCAUCGUCGCCGUGAGCAGCAACAACGUGACCGUGCACUACCUCAGCUGGAACAGCGCCAAAUUCAACGAAACGAUCCCGAUCCACUCGGACCGCCUCGCGCCGCUGCACACGACGUCGACGAACUGGCGAGAGGGUCUCCGCGCCGGUGACAGCGUCGACUUCUGCCCGAACGAGAACCGCGGGCUGACGCGCGAUUGGGUGCUCGCAACGAUCACGCGCGUCGUCACGUCGGAGAUUGAGGACGACCCGUGGCCGCUUGCGUGGCCCGGAGGCAACCCCCGGAAGCUCUUGUACGGCCGCAAAAUCGAGCUCGAGUUGGACUUUAAAAUGGACAAGGAGCGCUCGACGGCCGUCGUUGACGUCACGAGUGAGACCGUCGCCAAGGCCCACGACCACGUCAAGAAGCCGCCGGUGGUGCCCUCGGUCGCUGCAGCACCCCACUUUGGGCACUCAUCGGGCUCGUACCUGCAGUCCUCUACGUACAGUCGCCCGUCGUCGUAUUCGUCGUACUCGUCGUCCUCGUACUCGUCGUACGGACAGCGCAAGCCGGACGUUGUCGGCGUCGUCGGGCUGCGCAACCUUGGCAACACGUGCUUCCUCAACAGCGUGCUCCAGUGCCUUAGCAACUCGGCGCCGCUCUUGCAGUACUUUUUGGCGACGACCGAGUCGGGUGCGCCGUUGUACGAGUCGGAGAUCAACACGACCAACCCGCUGGGCAUGUCGGGCAAGAUUGCCACCGCGUUUGCCAAGCUCUUGCAGCAGCUCUGGUCGGGCGACGUGGAUAUCGUGGCGCCCACGGACCUCAAGUACGUCAUUGGCGAGUACGCGCCAGCGUUUGCGGGCUACAACCAGCAAGACAGCCAAGAAGUCUUGAGCUUCAUCCUCGACGGCCUCCACGAAGACCUCAACCGCGUGCUGCGAAAGCCCGUGACCGAGACCAUUGAAGCCAACGGCCGGCCAGACGCGGUCGUCGCGCAAGAAGCGUGGCAGCAGUACCUCCGCCGGAACGACUCGGUCAUUACCGACCAUUUCAUGGGCCAGCUGCGCAGCCAUGUGACGUGCCCCGUGUGCCAGCACGAGUCGAUCACGUUUGACCCGUACAUGAGCCUCUCGCUGCCUUUGCCCAACGAGACGUCGAUCCUUGUUUCAGUCUAUGGCGCCGACGGCGGCAUGCCAACCCAGUAUGGGCUCUUGGUUCCGAAAGAAGGCUCGAUGGGCGACGCCAAGGCCGCGUUGAGCGCCGUCUCGGGCAUUCCCAUCGACCGCCUCCUGCUCGUGCGCGUCAAGAACCACCGUAUCGCGAGCGUGUGCGUCGACGCCGCCGACGUCACCGACUUGAUCCACGACAGCGCGCACGAGAAUGUUGUCGCGUACGAGCUUGAGCACGCGUUGGAUGCGUACGAGUUUCGGUCCUCGAGUCUCUUUGCGACCACGUCGACGGCGUCGAUGAACCUCAAUUUGCCGUCGCCCAGCGACCGCGCCAUGUGUCUGGUGGCGAUCCAGCAUCAAAUGCCGUCGCCGGACGGGUCCCCGAGCAGCAUGAGCGACGACGCCCGUCAGCCCGAAGACGACGACGCCGACGACGACGAUGCCGCCGGAGCAACGACGACGAGCUACCGGUACUCGUCGUUGAACAACCAUGCGAAAGCGCGUCGUAUUGAGCGACGGCUCUUCCAAGUCCCGGCGCUGGUUUCGUUUGCGCGCAAUGCGUCGCUGGCCGAGAUCCACGCCAAGGUUGCGCACGCGGUGCAACGCGUCGUGAAAGGCUCGUGCACCGAGCGGCCGUACGUGCUGCACGUGACCAACACCCGCGUCGACGAGUACCUCCAGCGCCACCUGCCCGAGAGCGCGGACGACGGACUCUCGGCCGACAUUUUGCGCGGAUCGUUCACGUUUACGCUGCAGUGGACAGCCGACGGCUACGAGAACGGGUACAAUGACGCGGCGCCGCGCCAGCGCAACACGCACACGUCGGCGCUCGAGCUCCGGUCGCGACGAGACCCGGCGCUGGAUUUGCAGUCGUGCUUUGCCAAGUUUACGGAGCGCGAACAGCUCGGCGAGAAGGACACGUGGUACUGCCCACGCUGCAAGGACCACGUCCGCGCCUUCAAGAAGUUUGAUUUGUUUUCGCUGCCGACCAUCCUCCUCUUGCACCUCAAGCGCUUCCGAUACAACCAAGGCCACUACCACUUGCACCGCGACAAGAUCUCGACCCUAGUCCGCUUUCCCAUUUCUGGCCUCGAUGUGUCCGAGUUUGUCGUGGGGCCGUCGACGGACGGCGCCAUCUACGAUCUGUAUGCAGUGUCGGAGCACUCAGGCGGGCUCGGCGGCGGCCACUACACGGCCAAGGCCAAGAACCCGCGCAACGACCGCUGGUACAGCUUCAACGACAGCAUGACGAGCCCCACGUCGGCCGAGGAUGCGAUUUCAGCCCAAGCUUACGUGCUCUUCUACGUGCGCCGCGACGCGUCAUCAACGCCCUAAUCGUGCUUUCUUAUUGCUUUCGAGAAA